AGAAGUGUCAGUUUUGCCCCUUCCCUAAGCGGAAUCCUGGAAAGUGCGCAUGAGGUGUCUGAUAAGUGUGAUGUUGAACUGAACCCUGGCGGGUUUUAACCAUAGACUACAGCUCAUAAUACAGACUGUGUGAACGCAUGUGCUGUUGCGUGCUUUAGAAUCAGUGAAGUAAUCGCCAUGAUGCUGGAGAGGAGCACGGUGACGGUAGUGGCGGAUGUCUUCUUCAGCAGGAGACGCUCAUCUGCGCAGGAGGAAGACGACGACGAGAAGCUCAUUCACUGUCGUUGCUCCAGAGCCUUCGUACAAGAUCGAGAGCUAUAUCGCUCUGAUAACAGAUUGCUGUGCUUUGAUCUGGAAGACAUUGCCGUCCAAGAAGAAGAUGACGAAGAGGAGGAGGAGGAGGAAGACAUGGUGUUGGAUGAAGAGGCUCGGAUGAUGUCCAGCAUGGGUCUGCCUCUGGCCUUUGUCAGUUCCUCUGCCCAGAGGAGAAUGGGCAGGAGGUCUGACAGGAAGCCUAGCACAUACUGGGUACGAGCUGAAGAGGAGGCCCGUGAAAAAGAUUUACAGGUUGACAGCAAAGCUGAUGAAGUUGAAGACGUGUGUGAUCCACUUGAAAAAAAAACAGGAGAGAUCCAAGAUCCUGGCUGGGAAACCUACUGGGCUCAACAGGGUGAAUCUCUGCUGUGGAACAGCUGGCUGGAGAAACAUCCAGAGACUGAUUCUCUGUCUGCUGAAGAUCCAGGAGCAUUGACUGCUUUUUGGGACGACCCAGACACAAAGUCUGCCUGGGACAAACAUGCAGUAGAGACAUACUACUCUUACUGGGAGCAGUACACAUACUGGACGGCACAGGGCUGGACCAUUGAACCGUCUGUCUGUAAUGGGAACGCUGGUGGAGAAGCAGCAGCAGCAGGGUUGAUGGACAGAGGCACAGAGACUCAUCCGGACGAAUGGAGGGAUGGACGGCCUGGAGAAGAAGUCAAGCCUUGCCAUGAUGAUACUGAGUUUUUGAAUGACCUGUUUGGACAGAACUGCACAUUAGAAACAGGUACAUGCUCUGUGACUGACUCACAGAUAGACAAACACUGUGUGAAGGACACUGAUGUCAGUGAGUGCUGUGGCUCUGAUGAUCCUCUUUAUGAUGGUAAUGAUCGCAAGAGACCUGCCACCUCUUCACAGCAGAACAUUGAUGAACGCACAGAUUCCCAGCGGGCUGCUGGCAGCCCUGACAGACCGUCUGGUUUUAUGAAUAAAAUGUCAGAGAGAGAGGAUGAUGACGACAGUGAUAAACCCCCAGGAGGAGGACAUGCUAAAGUCAAACGCAGUCAUGAGCUAGAUGUGGAGGAAUGCCCAUAUCCGACACCUGAGGACACCUGGAGUAAACUGGGACUCAGACGCAACGCAGAGCCUCUGUUCGACAGUGUGGUCAGCUUCAGAGGAAGUACCGGUCAGAAGCAACAAAGACGAAGAUGGACUAAGAGAGCAGUCUGCGUCAGCAAACACACCAAGUUCUCUGAGACCAGUGCAGACAAUACACAACCACAAGGCAGCACCACCCUCUCCAAGGUUAAGAAGUUUCUUGAAAAUAACCAGAGGGAGACACAGACGACUGUAUGUGACCAGGAUGAGAUGGAAGGAGGAAGAAAAGAGGAAGCUGAGAACAGGGCUUCAUUUGUGGGAGAAGAGGAGAAGAGGGAGAGAGAGGAGAGGAAAGGUGCUGAGGAUGACGAUAAAGAAUCUGUGGGAGAAGGGAAUUCUAAUUGUCCGUGCAGUUUAGACAAAGAAUGGAAGAAGUGCACUCAGCCCAGCACCUCCCUCAACUCUGCUACUGGGACUUUGGAUAGUGAGAGUGAGGAGGAGGAGCUACCCAGUAGAAAGUUACCAUGUCUUCAGAUUCCUGACGUUAUCCUGUCUGAUGCACCUGAAACCAACAAUGAGCUGAGUAUGAAAGAUGGAAAGAAGCCAAAGAGGAAAAAAAAUAAGCGACGGAUAAAACAGCAGAUCCCCUCAGAGAUGGCAGCUGAACCAGAGCUGGCUAAAUACUGGGCUCAACGCUACAGACUCUUCUCUCGCUUUGAUGAAGGGAUCAAGCUGGACCGAGAAGGCUGGUUCUCUGUGACACCAGAGAGGAUUGCUGAGCACAUCGCUCUCAGGGUGGAACGCGGCUUCUCUGACUCUCAGCUGGUCAUAGACGCCUUCUGUGGUGUAGGAGGAAAUGCCAUCCAGUUUGCUCUUACUGGAAAGAGAGUCCUGGCCAUUGACAUCAACCGGAAGCGGUUGGACUUGGCACGGCACAAUGCUGGGGUUUACGGUGUCACUGACCGAAUAGACUUCCUGCAAGGGGAUUUUCUUCAUCUGGCACCUCAACUUCGUGGCGAUGUGGUCUUCCUGUCACCACCGUGGGGAGGGCCUGACUAUCUCACUGCUGAAGUGUUUGAUAUCAAGACCAUGAUGGAGCCUGAUGGAUUUGAGAUUUUCCGCCUGUCCAAACUGAUAUCGGACAACAUAGUGUACUUUCUGCCUCGCAAUGCUGACUUGGAUCAGAUAGCCUCUCUUGCUGGUCCAGGAGGGAAAAUAGAGGUGGAGCAGAACUUCCUCAACAACAAGCUGAAGACUGUGACUGCUUACUUUGGCAGCUUGAUAAAAUCAGACAGCUAAUAACCCUGGCUAAUGCAUAAGCAUUUCAUCUGCAGAAUAAGAUUGGAACAUAAAUGUAUUUCUUCUCUAUUUCUCUUUUUCUACUUGGGCAUAACUGGGAUACAGUCACAUCCCAUUUAUACACCUCAGGGAUUUCAGAAGAAAUAUUUUAAACUGAAUCUGAUGAUCACAAGGCACAGUUUCUGACAUCAUGCGUGAUUAGCUUAGUGCAGACGUUUGUGACGAGUUUUAUGAUUCCCUCAGAUUGAGUUAGCACUUAAAAACGACAACCUCAACUGAUGUUUCCUUUUUUUUUAUUAUACAUUAAAGUCAAUAAAUGUUUUUAGC